AUGAGUAAUAUUUUGGCAGUAUUCAACCCUCCACCACAAAGGGAGCUGGAGAAAGAAGAGACUAUGGACUGUGUUCCUUGUCAAGUCAUGAGCACUAUGUUUUCGGUUGGAUUUGGCUCAUACCUGGCAUCUGGGAAACCAUUCAAGUAUGGAAAAAAAGAAGCCAAAAGAGGCAUCUCUCUAGCUGAAUUUGAAAAGAGAAACCCACAAUGGUGGAAGCUGACUUUACGUAGCUUCGGUGGGUUAUUGGUCGCCUUCGGGUUCGUUAGAGGAACCGAGGGUUGGUUGUGGCAUAAAAAUAAAGAAUAUAAGAACUAUAAGAAAUUAAGUAAUGGUGAAACGCGGAGUAGUUAG